UGCAAUCAAACCAGUCUCAAAAAUGAGCGUACCAGUGUCAGCUAUGGUGUUCUCUGAAAACAAUGUAAGAGUAGCUGAAGAACAGUACCGAAGAGGCAAUCCGAAAGGAGCCCUUGAAGUUCUUCAUGCACUAACAUUUGUUUUCCCAAACACAUCUACGAACCAUCGUAAGAUCUCGCAGGUUCACCUGGCUCAUCAAACACUGGAGGUUCAAAACACCAGUUUUACACUCCACGACAUCCUCGGAAUCAGCCCGUCCUGUAGCUAUCAAACAGCCCGUAGACAGUACAUGAACAUUGUGGCUAAGCUCUGCCCCGAGAAAAACAAAUCUGUUGCUGCCAAGUUAGCUUUCAAGAUCAUCAACGCAACGUGGAUGGUAUUGUAUGGUCCUGAGGGGAGUGGGGUUCACAACAUCGAACAAGAGUUAGGGGUCAUGUUUCAAGAAGAUGAACUGCCUCAUCAAUCAGUGAGGGAGGGAAAACGUCCUUGUGUUGGUAUUAUCGACACUGACUCUGAUUCUGAUUCUGAUUAGUCCUAAUCUAUCAUAACUAUCAAGCUUUUCAUCUAAGUUGUUGGGAUACAAAACCCCGUACUGUUUCCUUUUCUUUGGUUAUAUUUGUGGCUGUAUUAUCCUAAGUAUUAAAUUAUCUAUCAUAUAACUAUCAACCUUUUCAUCUAAUUAUUGGGAUAUAUAAAACUGUCUUGUUUCUUCUUUGUUA